CCCCGGCCGCCCAGUACUGCGCCGAUCCGCGCCGCGACACUACCGGGCGGUUACCGCAUAGCGCGCGCGUCAUGCCGAGAUGACAUUCUUAUCGGCCCAUCGAGAUCAUCCGCCGCCAUACGAACGAUUCGAUCAACAUUUUUACUCGAUACUCAUCAACCAACUCAAGCCGAGCCAGCAGCACAAACGAAAAAACGCACGCUAGUAGCUAGCGAUCGAGUAAUUUUACUCGGUGAAACGAGCCAAUAUCACGACGACGUCAGGCGAUGCGGGAGACGGAUUUGCCAGUGUGCGAUACGUCACCAGUGUGUCAUUGAUACUGCUACAUAGAGUCAGUUCUACGGAGGACGGAUUAGCACAUCAGCAGCAUGCACCAACCGACGCAGGCGCAACAGCCGCCCCCCGUAGCCGAAGCUUCGGCCGGCGCCACCGGCACGGCCGCCGCCCGAAGUCACGUCAACGGCGGCCGCUUCGACUUCGACGACGGCGGCACCUACUGCGGCGGCUGGGAGGACGGCAAGGCGCACGGACACGGCGUGUGUACGGGCCCUAAAGGCCAGGGGGCUUACAGCGGUUCGUGGCACUACGGGUUCGAGGUGUCGGGCGUCUACACGUGGCCCAGUGGGAGUUGUUUUGAGGGCCAAUGGCAAAACGGCAAAAGACACGGUCUGGGCGUAGAGACGAGAGGUCGAUGGAUAUACAGGGGCGAGUGGACGCAAGGGUUCAAAGGAAGGUACGGGGUACGGCAGUCCAACACGUCAACCGCCAAGUACGAAGGUACUUGGGCCAACGGAUUACAGGACGGAUACGGAUCGGAAACAUACGCAGAUGAUGGCACGUACCAGGGGCAAUGGAUGCGGGGUAUGCGCCACGGCUACGGCAUCCGCACAAGCGCCCCCUUCGGCAAGGCCUCCAAGUACAGAGGCAACAAGGCGCUCAGGGCCUCGCUGACGUCAUUGAGGAGUAACGAAGUAGGAGGAGUACCGGUGGAUGCGGCGGAAAAAAGGGACAGGAGGGUGGACGAUUCCCGAGGGGGGUUCGUGUUGCAGAGCAAGAGCACCGAGCCUGCAGUGGGGAGUAGGAGGAGGUCGUUAGGGAGUGGGAACAUCAAGAAGAAUUUUAUUAAAGGUAUUCUAAAAAAGGGAGCAAGUACGGGCGAACUGGACAGACGGACAGGAUCGGGCAGCAUAAAAAGUACCGCUUCGUCAGCAUCGUACAUCAGUACUGAUUCGGCUGGCUCAGCAAUGACCAACGCUUCAAUGCCUUCAGAUUCCAAUGCUAGCUUUGUGAUCGAUGACGAACAAAUGGACCCCAGCGUGACCGAGACCUACAUGGGCGAGUGGAAGAACGACAAACGGUCGGGGUACGGCAUCAGCGAGCGCUCGGACGGGCUGCGGUACGAGGGCGAGUGGUACGCCAACAAGAAGUACGGCUACGGCGUCACCACGUUCAGCAACGGCGAGAAGGAGGAGGGCAAGUACAAGAACAAUGUGCUCAUCACGAGUCAGAAGAAGAAACUCUUUUUGAUGCGCAGCGCGAAAUUUAGGGAGCGAAUCGACGCGGCGGUCAACGCUGCGCAGAGGGCGUCCAAGAUCGCGCUGCAGAAGGCGGAUAUCGCCAUUAAUAGGACAGCAUUCGCUCGUGGCAAGGCCGAACAAGCAGACAUCGCAGCAGCCCAAGCACGGGAAGACUCCGAAGUAGCCGAAACGGUAGCCAAGCAGUACGCUCCCGAUUUCAAGCAGCCCGGUCUGGAGAAACUGAAAGCCCGCCAGAUGAAGUACCGGGAACAGAACAGGAACUUGGACACCUCGAUCGAACAAAAAGACAUUCUCACGCCCAACCAGAUACCCAACAAGAUCACCAACCAAAUGCCUAACCAGAUCGGGAACCAGAUAGGGAACAAAAUCAACAAUCCGAUGAAUCCGAUGAUGAACCAGAUGCCUAAUGCCGUACCACCUCAGUCGAAUAUGUACCAGCAACAGAACCAACAACCGAACCUGUACCAACAACAGAACCAGUAUCAAGGUCCCAACAAGCCAUUGCAACAACAGCAACAAUAUCAACAGCAACAGCAACCGCUGACAAACAACCCCGGCCACUCGAACAACCCUACGACGCUACAGAACAACAUGUACAACAACCCUGCCGGUGUCCAAAACGAGUUCGGUGUGUCUUCGUUGCAUAAUAAUGAAAAACUGCACAACAAUGAGUUCACGACGGUCGGGUUCAACGAUAGUGGGGGAGGUGCGGGUAGAAAGAGCAUCGGAGGGGAAGACAGUGCGAUGAUGGCCAAUUCGGUGAGGAGGAUGUCAAGGAGGGUGUCGGGGGACCGGCCGUACUUGGGCAGUAUAGGGCAGCAGUCGUCCAUCGACCAUUUCGACCACUACAAAAGACCACCCAGUAGAGAUUCUAGCGUAGAUAGAUAUUCUAGAGCGACGGGCAGACUAAGCAAUUCUAUGGCGGGUUCCAGACAACCCUCCGUGGAUAGGACGUCGGCAAGUCGGCUAGAGACUCCAGACAGAACCUUAAGGGCACCCUCGGUCCCGCGAGGGACUACCCCUGUGCCCACCGGUUUAAAUUCGACCAUCAAAAAUGGUUCAGUUCCAACAGGACAGGGAGCUCCUUUGACGCCCCAGACCAACAAUAGCAACCCUCCUUUUGAGGAAAUCAUCCUUCGAAAGAGAGGUUUGGGCCAAGACAUAGUACCAUCUCCGAAUCAGCCUAAGCGGACCGAAAGUCUGUUCAUUCCGGGCCAACCUAACGGGCAAACUGCAAAGGUUCUAGCCACUCAGGCCACCCUCCAGCGCAAGAAGUCUCUCCCCGACGUCCAGGAGCUGCCCAGGGCGACGCGCCAGAUGCCCCGGGAAGAAGUGUCCAUGCUGGGUUCGGCGAGGCGCGAAGAAGUCCGAAGGCAGGUCGACGAGAGGGAGCGGCUGAGGGCCAAUCCGCUCCUGUACCUGGUCAGUCCGCAAGUUAAGGAUUGGUUUUCGCGACAGCAAUUGGUCCUUGUAGUCCUCUUCAUCAACAUCUCACUAGCCAUCAUGUUCUUCAAAUUGCUGACAUAGUACAGGACCGGCGUCACGUAUGACGCAACUUGAGGACCUCGUUUUUGGAUCUUUGGACAUUCUCACACCCUUUACUCGAUUGAUUGAUCGAUAUAAACACAUACAAAGUCUACAUUUGAGCGUAUUUUGGAGCUUUUUGAAAAAGGAAAUACGACUUCAAUCGAACGUGAUGUGUUUUUGAAAAAAAGCACGAAAAUUUGGAACGGAAAGUGUUUGUUGUUAUUUUUUUGGAUUUUUUUCUUGGAAAAUGAAAAUGAACUUAAACAAGGGGACUUAGUGUUUUUAAGUAUUUAAAAAAUUAUUAUCUACUUAUAUAUUAAAAUUUUAAAAAAGUUAUCUUUACUGUUGGAAUUUUUCAAAUUUUAUCUGUCCUAUUUUUGUUUGUCUCGUUUGCUUUUAUAUCUUGUUUUGUUACUUUUUUUAAUACAUAUUUACGCUGAUACGAAUUUAUUUUACUGUUUCUUUUUUUGUACUAUCAUAUCUAAAAACAUAUAUAAAAUUAGAAACGGUAGAAUAAAAGUAUAAAUACUCAGUAGAUUUUAAAAUCCAAAAGUCAGCCCAAUAUAAUUGUAUAAUACAAUUUUUCCCUUAUACCUACAUAUAUUAGUGACAAAACAAGAUAUAAAAUUAAAAUUUUCAAAGAAUUUAUUCGAGUUGUUAUGUAUAUUUAUAAAGAAAAAAUAAAUUUAGUCAAAUUUUAUAUUUACCGUUAAUAUACUUAAAUAAAAUUUAGUAAGCGCUUUUCGAAAAAUUAAUUUAUAAUUUAAUAUUAGUUGUUAAAAUUUAAUUUUAAGUUUGUUUCCUAUUCUUGUCUGCUUUUUUAUUUAUUAUUUUAUUUCUUAAGGCUUUAAAUCAAUUUGGGAUAAAAAAAUAUUUUUUUCUAUUAAUGUACUUUUUCUUCAAAAGUAAACCUUGUAUUUCUUUUGAACUCAGAUAAAUAAAAAUACAGAAAGGAAGGUUUUAAUGAAUUCUAAAUCAUAUGAUUUUUAACAAAAACUAAAUUAAAAUAAAAAUUUAGACUGAUCAGCCAUCGCUCAAUGUUACGUCAUCAUUAUAUGUCAAAUAUGAGUUUUAGGGUAUUUCUGAGAUCAGUUCAUAUUGUUUGGAAAAUUUUAAGUACGUUUAUAGUAUUAAUUGAGUGAGUUUCGUUUUUUUUUCGGUAUUUAUUACUUUAAAAAAAUUAUAAGCUUAGCAAUGGGCUCUUGGUCAUUUUAAUUAAAUCUUUGAGGUAUUUUUGCAAUAAAAUUUGAGUUUGUCCGCCAAUAAAAUAAUAACCCCAAAUCAAAUCACAAUGACAAUUUACUACAAAGAAUAUGCAGUAAUUUCGAAAUGCCAUAAUGAUGUUACCAAUCUCUUUCAUCUGGUUGUCAAGUGAUUGAGAGAGUUCGACAAUACAUGACGUCACGUUGAACGAUGGCUGAACAUUCUAUAUUGUGUAUUUUUUAGAAGAAUAAUAUUAGAAAUAAAAUGUAUAUAAUCUUCUAAAUUGAUAACAAUUUGUAUGUAUUGUGCAUUGUGAGGGUUAAAUAAGAAUGAAAUAGCUUCCUUUCUGUGUUAUUUAUCGCUCUGAGUGUUAGAUUAAUAAAGAAGAAACACGAAUGACACAAAAAUUCUGUAAACUCUACUAUUUCGCGUGCCUUGGUCGUACUUUGUAAGUGAUUCGUAAAAAAACUGACAAGCGCAAAAAUUAAACAAUUAGAUACAGAAACCGUACCGUUUGUAGUCUCUGUUUUUUGCAAGAUAUUGAAAUAAAAAUAACGAUUUUUACGGCUAAUCUUUACUACGUACUUAUUAUAUAUAAAAUAUACUUAUUAUAUACAUAGAUUUUAGCAGGUCUUUUUAAAUGAGGAAAAACAAAAACAAAUUAUAUAGAUUUAUAUGAAUCAACAACGUAAUGAUUAUAAUAUACCUAAUGUACUAUCA